UUUGGGCAGCAGAUGUGACGACAGAGUCAGUUCCGCAGAUGAACAGGAAGUUGUUAGCUAGCCGCUGAAACAGGUUACGGGGCUGUGUGAAGAGGGACUCUCCGGAAAAUGAAUACUCGUGGUCUCCGCUCACAACUUAAGGACAGUGUCCCAGUGGCAGGUCUUUGUCCACAGGCCGGAGCUUAUGGGGUACCAGAUACACUUCGUAGAGGGUUCUCCAGUGUCAAGAAUGAGCUUCUCCCUAAUCAUCCUUUGGAACUAUCUGAGAAAAAUUUCCAGCUUAACCAGGAUAAAAUGAACUUUACCACACUAAGGAACAUUCAAGGACUCCAUGCACCGCUGAAGCUACAAAUGGAGUACAGAGCAGCAAGACAAAUUCAGCGUUUGCCGUUUUUGCCAAGUUCCAACCUUGCCCUAGAUACACUCAGAGGCACCGAUGAGAGCAUUGGAUUUGAGGACAUUCUUAAUGAUCCUGCACAGUGUGAGCUUAUGGGAGAGCCUCACAUCAUGACUGAGUACAGACUCGGGGUGCUGUGAGUCUAUGAGCACACUGACCAGUUUCACCAUGUCCCUUUAGUUAUGCUGAGCUUGUUUGUUCUGUUUCUAAUAAAAAAACAAAUAUA